AAUCUCCACAGAGCUGCAGGAUGCGGGUGGUGGCACCCAGAACACUGCUCCUGCUGCUCUCAGGGGCCCUGGCCCUGACGGAGACCUCAGUGGGCUCCCACUCCCUGAUGUAUUUCCGCACCGCCAUGUCCGCGCCCGGCCGAGGGGAGCCCCGCUUCAUCUCCGUGGGCUACGUGGAUGACACGCAGUUCGUGCGCUUCGACAGCGACGCCGUCACACCGAGGAUGGAGCCGCAGGUGCGAUGGAUAGAGCAGGAGGGUCCGGAGUAUUGGGAACGGGAGACACGGAUUGCCAAGGGCAACGCGCAGUAUUACCGAGUGGGCUUGAACAACCUACGCGGCUACUACAACCAGAGCGCGGGCGGCUCUCACACCUACCAGAGCACCUAUGGCUGCGAGGUGGGGACAGACGGGCGCCUAGUCCGAGGGUUCAGUGAGUACGCCUAUGAUGGUGCGGAUUACCUCGUCCUGAACGACGACCUGCGCUCCUGGACCGCGGCGGACCUGGCGGCUCAGAUCACCAUGCAUAAGUGGGAGGAAUCCCGUGCUGCGGAGCACCGCAGGGCCUACCUGGAGGGUACCUGUGUGGAGUGGCUCGCCAGAUACCUGGAGAAAGGGAAGGAGACGCUGCUGCGCACAGAUCCUCCAAAGACACAUGUGACUCACCACCCUAGCCCUGAAGGAGAGGGCACUCUAAGGUGUUGGGCCCUGGACUUCUACCCUAAGGAGAUCACCCUAACUUGGCAACGGGAGGGAGAGGACCAGACCCAGGACAUGGAACUGGUGGAGACCAGACCUGCAGGGGAUGGAAACUUCCAGAAAUGGGCAGCUGUGGUGGUGCCUGCUGGAGAGGAGCAGAGAUAUACUUGCCAUGUGCACCAUGAGGGGCUGCCUGAGCCUCUCACCCUGAGAUGGGAGCCACCCGCUCAGCCUACCAUCCCCAUAGUGGGAAUUGUUGUUGGCCUGGUCCUCCUUGGAGCUGUUGUCACUGGAGCUGUGGUUGCUUUUGUCAUGUGGAAGAAGAAAAACACAGGAGUUAAAAAAGGGCCCUAUGUUCCAGCUGCCUGUGAUGACAGUGUCCAGGGCUCUGAUGUGUCUCUUAAUGCUUAAAAAGUUUGAGGCAGCUGCCAUCUGUGAGACUGAGCAGUGCAGGAUUUCUUCAGUUCCCUUCCUGCUCUCUACUGCAGUUUCAAGAGUUCCUGGCUACUCUUUGUGCAGCUGGCAUCUGAUUGUGUCUUUGUGUCUGUGUUCCUACAAUCAUAAUGUAAGGCAAUGGAGAAAGGAGCACAUCCCUGAUCACCAGGCCCCCUCCCCACACUGUCAUGUUCUCUUCCUCAAUCAACUUUCCUAUAUAGCUGAUGUGGGGCUGGGAUGUCUUCAUUCCUGAUUUAGCUUUAUGUUGCUCUGAAUUGUAGCGUCUUUCUUCCCUUUUGGAAAAUCGAAUGUGGAUAUUGAUUAUAUUUCAAAUUUGUGCCACAAAA